GUCACACACUUGCAGUAGCUCGCUCACUGAGAUCGCAGCACAAAGCUGACGAGAGCGAAGACGAAAGGGAGGAAAGACCAAAAAAAGAAGAAAACAUCUAGACAGCAUCAGUCAGGUUGUUCAAAUGAAGAACUCCAUCCAGAGGCCCCCUGCUGACUGAUAACAAGCACAACCUUGUGCGUGUGUGGGAGCUCAUAAGUGUGUGCACAUAACCUCCACCCACUGUGUGUGUGUGUGUGUGUGUGUGUGUGUGUGUGUGUGUGUGUGUGUGUGUGUGUGUGUGUGUGUGUGUGUGUGUGUGUGUGUGGCACCAUGCUGUGGACAGUGCUGAUAGCACUUGUCGUGCUUCUGCUGCUGCACACUCAGCUGUCUGCGUGCUUAAGGGAAUUACGCACCGCGGGUUCCAACUCCCUUGCCUACACGUCUUCAUCAUCCUCAUCUUCCUCCUCCAACGCCACUCAGCAGCGACUGCCUGGUGCCAUAAUUAUUGGUGCGCGAAAAGGAGGAACCAGAGCCCUUCUGGAGAUGCUCAACCUGCACCCAGAUGUAGAAGUGGCAAAAGCAGAGGUGCACUACUUUAAUGUGGAGGAGCACUACCGAAGAGGUCUGGCUUGGUACCGAAGUCAAAUGCCCUUCACCCUCUCCAGUCAGCUGACAGUGGAGAAGACUCCUGGGUACUUUGCAGCUCCCCAGGUUCCUGCAAGGAUCUGGGACAUGAACCCUGCCGUGCGCUUGUUACUUAUUGUCCGCGACCCAGCUGAGAGACUGGUUUCUGACUACACCCAGGUCCUCCACAACCGCUUGACACGAAACAAGCCCUACCAGCCACUUGAGGAGCUCUUGCUCCAUAAGGACCGUAUUGACCCUCGUUACAAAGCACUGCAGCGGAGCCUAUACCACCAGCAUUUGGCUCGUUGGCUGGAGGUCUUUCCCAGGGAUCAAAUCCACGUGGUUGAUGGUGAUGCACUCAUCCAGGAUCCUUUUCUGGAGCUGCAAAAAGCUGAAAAGUUUCUGGACUUGCCGCCCAGGAUCAGCCCGAACAACUUCUACUAUAACACAACUAAAGGCUUCUACUGCCUCCUGUCUGCUGGCCAUGAUAAGUGCCUGGAUGAGUCUAAAGGCCGGCCACAUGCACCGUUGAGUGUCCAUGCUUUUAAAAAGCUUUGUCGCUACUUCAGGAAGCCCAACAAGUUGUUCUUUGAAAUGGUGGGGAGGUCGUUCUCCUGGUGCUGAUCUGAUUACAAGCAUUUGGACAUAAAAAUGUCAAAUCAUUCAGGGACAAUGAUGGAUAAACUGCGGUGUGACUUAAUGUGCACAAACAGACAAAUGGAAGGAUUUUACUUAAAGUAAAAAAUUAUUGAUACCCACUCAGGUAUAGAUGGCCAACAAAGACCCCCAGACCAAGAUAAUUGAAGAAUUCAAGCUGCUCACGGUCACCACAAACGUUUCCAUGACCAAAUUUGUGCCUCAGAGGACAAACGUACAGCCGUGCCAAGUCUGAGACGAUCAGUACAGAACUAACUGCUUUUUAGUGCUGACUUGUGGAGGAUCUGAGCAGACUGAGAUCAUGUGGAAAUCAGUAGAUAAAUCCUGAACAGGUGGUUGGUUUGAUGUCCGGCGAAUGAAAUGUUGCACUAUGGACUCGCAUCCUUCUCAAAGUCAAUCCAGGUUCAGAGCUGUUAAUAUGUGAACACAAAACCAAAUCC